AUGGCUCAGCGGUUCCGCAGUAGUGAAUGGGACCCAUACCUCCUCACUGGACAAAUCAUUUUCAUGCAGUGUCUAUUCUACGGUACUUUGGGGGCCUUGUGCACCCUCGUAAGUCCCAUCUCCAAAUGGCACACAAGUCUUCGCAUCUUGCUAGAUGAUAGUGAACUCCAAUUUCGGGAUGGUCAGGGACGAUGUCUGAUUGCGGUAUUCCUUUUGUCUGCGAUCUUGUGUGCACUGGGUCUUUGGCGACUUGUUCGCCGGACUAAGCUCUGUCUUGAUUUCACCUGUACCCUCUACUUUUGGCAUUUUAUCUUCUGCGCGUUGUACAGCGCUUCUUUCCCUGUCUCAGUUGCUUGGUGGUUGACUGUUGGCUUGUCGAUUGUAGUAAUGACCCUGAUGGGAGAAUUCCUUUGCAUGCGGACUGAAAUGAAAGCUAUUCCUUUGGGAGGAGGAGGAGGAGGUAGUGCGACAGGCAGAGAUUUAGUCUGA